GAUUCCCCCCGCUAUGGUUAGCUCGGACUGUGAUUUGUCAGAUAACGCUAAAUCCCGCCCACCGUCUAUCGCUCUACGUCAUCUGCUUAUGGCCUUAGGCCAAAUCGGAAGGCAUCUGCAAUAAGUACUGAAAAGGGGACAAAAACAACUUGGACACUCAUAUAAUGGCUGUUGCUCGGCUUUAAACAACCACACGGAAAGCCAGGAGUUUUCCUCUACUCUUCCCAGGACCCCUUAAUUACACACAGCAGCAGCUGGGAAAAUGUCCUGCCGUGACAUCCACGCCACAAACUUGUUUGCCUUUCUCAUCGCCCUGGUGUCAGUGAGCGGCUUGGUGGUGGCGACGCUGGUCCCACAGUGGCGGAUCACCCAUCUGAUCACGUUCAACCGCAACGCCAGGAACGUGACCGUCUACGACGGGCUGUGGACUAAGUGCGUGAAGCAGCAGGGAAGCACAGGCUGCUAUCUCUAUGACACCGAGUGGUACAGCCGCGUGGAUCAGCUGGACUUGCGUGUGCUGCAGUUCGCCCUCCCCUUCAGCCUCCUCUUCUCCAGCCUCUCGCUGCUGCUCUGCAUGUGCGGCAUGUGUAAGACCGCCUGCUGCUCCACCAAGCCAGAUCCGGCACCCUCCAACGGCGGGAACUGCCUGGUGAACAGCGCAGGGUGCCACCUGGUGGCCGGAAUGCUGCUCUUCGUGGCCGGCGCCAUCGCCAUGGCGCCCUCGGUGUGGUUCCUCUUCUACACCGAGGUGCUGAACAAGCGCUACGACAGGCUGUUCGCGAACGACUUUGCGGCCUACGUGGCCAUUGGCUGCUCCGGGGGGCUUCUCCUGGCUUCCCUGCUCUUCAUGAUGUGGUACUGCAUGUGCAAGACCCUUCCAUCCCCCUUCUGGCCUCCUCUGCCGGCCGUGUCUGCCAGCCUCUCCACCCAGCCCCUCAUCUCUAAUGGAUACCCAUCUCCCGUGUAUGCCCCACAGCCCUUACUUCCCCAGGGCUAUGCCCCGGUGCCAGUCACCGAGCCCCAGAUCUUUGCCUCGGUGCCGGUCACCGAGCCCCAGGUCUUUGCCCCGCUUCAGUCCUACGCGCCACCCUUGGGCUACGCCCAGAGUGUGGCGCCUGCCCCGAGCACAUACAGGCCUGCUCACUGCGGCUCCGAGGCAGGCUUCUCUCAGGCUUACACCACGCACAGCUAUGCCCCCUCGCAGGCCUAUGGCUACGGCAGCCAGCGGUACUCCAGACGCUCGCGCCUCUCCACCAUCGAGAUCGACAUUCCAGUGCUGACGCAGGCCAACUGAAGUGGGACGGCGUGCCGGACGCGCAGUGGAGGAACACUGGGUGUUUACAGCAUGCUGCUCUGUUAGCCCUCCAGUAGCGUGAGAAGUCAUUGGUGCCACCAAUCCAGCAGACCCCUCUGCUGUACCAGCAGAGCUGGACAGUCUGAGCCACUAAAAUUGGCAGCAUUUGCCAUCUUAGAUAAUUUAGGUGCUUAGCAGAUCUUCUUUUAUAAAUAUUUCCAAUGGUCAUUUAUUGGGGUUAAAUGCCUUUGGGGUGGGAACCAAUUCCAUCCCGGGACUGGAUCUUGCUGUCUAAGUCCAGGUCUGUAAGUAUCCUGCUGGAUGCUCCCAGCUGAGUAUGUGGGACAUCGUCUGGCCGUCCUUUGAUUCCCCCAGUCUCAAAGCGAACUUGGCUUGGACUCUCUGGAAUCCAGUGUGCAUUCCAGUGAUGACACACUGAUAUAAUCACUCUAAAUGGGCCAGUUUUCCUCCUCUUAAUGACAGUAUGUGUUACGAUGUUAUAAAAAUCUCAUUAAGGACACCAUCUUUAAAAUGGAACAUAUUUGACACUAGCUAGUGGACUACUGCACUUUCCUAAGUUCUGAACACUAAGACUACUUCCUUUUUACUGACUACUCUAAUACAUAUUUGUAUAUUAAACACCACUACUUUGUUACAAACUUAGACUAUUCUGUAAUAUACUGUUUGCUUCUGUAGAUUUACGGUAUUUUUUAAAUGUACAGCAUUGCCAUGAAGCACCGCAGCUGUACUGAAAACACUGUGAAGUGAGGUAAUGUGCUCAUGCCUGACUGUGCCAUAGUCUGUUUUCUGUGAUGAGCUGCUCUGUGAAGCAAUUUUCUUUGUGCAUAAGAGUCUUUUACUGUAAGUGCGAUGCCCGGUCCCCAGCUAAAUUCAGGUUAUUCGGUUUUGCCUUAAAAACUGGCAGCUUGUUUUACAUGAAUCAUUAAUGUUCAGUGAAAUGCAUGCCAGGUUCCAAUAAACUUGCACUAACUUUA